AUGCCAUUGAAUGAUGGCAAUCAUAAAGAUAUAAGAGUUGAUCAAGUUCAUGAUCAUAUUAAUUCAAUGCCUAAUGCUAUAAAGGAUUCAUCGAAUGAUUUAAUUCUUUAUCCUAAACGAAACAAUUACGCAAUAUCAUCUAAAGAAGAAACAGAACCAGAAACUUUAUAUGUCAAUAUGAAUGUUGGUUCAAAUGAAGUUUUAGAAACAAAAUAUGUUAAUUUAUUUAUAGAUACAAAGUCAUAUGUAAAUAAUAUAAUAGAUUUAUUUAAAUAUUAA